GCGGAGAAAAUAGGACCGUGUGAACCAGUUUUGCUUUCGGUUCGGUGGCGGUUCCGGUUUGAACCUGAACGACCGGUUUGAAUUCGCCGUUGGAACCACCGGUUGGGAAGUCUACAUACAGAGGUUGAAAUAUGAAUGUUGAUAGAACUAAGGGGGUAAUGUGUAAUUUUUCCGAUUAAAUAUUUCAUGAUUUCAUCCCUGUUGCACAAAAUCUCCAACCUUCAGCGCCUCGAACAACGCCCUUUCGCCCAAAAUCUGCUUUCAAUUUCAGCAAGACUAUAUAAUGGAACUUGCAGACAGGACUGUUGGCCUGCUUCUAUCAGUCAUCAGCUUGUCCAUUUUCACCUAUUAUACCUUCUGGGUUAUCAUUUUGCCUUUUGUCGACAGCGAUCACUUUGUUCACAAGUAUUUUCUACCUCAAGAAUACGCGAUUCUCAUUCCGGUGUAUGCUGGUGUCACGGUGAUUUGUUUUCUUUCUGUGUUUAUCGGAUACAUAAUGCUCAAAUCCAAAAGGAAGAAGGCUUGAAGUCUAGCCCUGGAUAUGCCUUUGCUGAUUUAGAGUUUCAUUAGCAUACUCUGUACAUCACUAGUCAAUAGAGCAAGUUAUGUUCUUGCUUACAUACAGUUUGCACUGAUUUUAACAUUUGUCAAGAAGAUAAAAGUAUUUCUUUUGUCAUCCCA